AUUUACUAACUUUUGAAGAAGCAUCAUGCCUGAACCAGCCAAACCCGCGCCCAAGAAGGGCUCUAAGAAGGCCGCAACCAAGACCGCCGUUAAGGGAGGAAAGAAGCGCAGAAAGUCCAGGAAGGAGAGUUACGCCAUCUACGUGUACAAAGUGCUCAAGCAGGUCCACCCCGACACCGGCAUCUCUUCCAAGGCGAUGGGCAUCAUGAACUCUUUCGUCAACGACAUCUUCGAGCGCAUCGCCGGUGAGUCGUCUCGUCUCGCGCACUACAACAAGCGCUCCACCAUCACGUCGAGAGAGAUCCAGACCGCCGUGCGUCUGCUGCUGCCCGGUGAACUCGCCAAACACGCCGUGUCCGAGGGCACCAAAGCCGUCACCAAGUACACCAGCUCCAAGUAAAGCGCCGCUUUCAUCCGCCGCACACAAAGGCUCUUUUAAGAGCCACACACUUAUUCCUUUAAAAGAGAUUCUCAUGUUUGUAAAGUUGUGGUUGUAGUUUUUCAUUGUAAUUAUUUAAAUUGCGACUCGACAUACGCCGUUUAAUGGCAACAAAUCGAUUUAUCAUGUUUUAAAGUAAAUAUAAAUGUAAAGGUUUGACUUUAGUUAUUAUUGCACGAUUAUCGCAGAAGGUGGCGGUAUUAUACCGGAUAUAAACUAUCAGAGUUCGGUCUUCAGCUGCUUUAAGGCUGAAAUACACUACAAGACUUUUGCUCAGUUUUCAGUCUGGACUUGUUACAGAAAGUCUGUGUCAGUCUGCAGAUUUGAUCAGUUUGUGUGUUUUUAUCUGAAACUUUUAUAAAGACUGAAAGUGUUUGAUGUCUAGUUGAGAUUCUUGUAGUGUUUUACAGACAUAGAGGUGUUUUAUCAUCACACACAGUCAUGUCAUCUGUAGUAUUUAUGAUCCAGAUCUCUCUUCACUGCUCUUGUGUUUGAUCUUCAUACAAAACUAAACACAGUCGUGUGCAGAACUGACUCUUAUUCUAUAGAUAUAUGAAGUGUAAAUGUGACAUAGUGAGAUGAUUUCAUAUGAAACAUUUAAUGUCAUAUGUUUACAUUUGUUGGUUUCCCUUAGAUAAAAUAGCCAUGGUUGAUUUUCAUGAGGAUUUAAUUUGUGUGACAAAGUUAAAAAAAAUGUUAUAAUUUAUUUUGGUGCAUUACAGGCACUAAUGUAAAACUUACUGCAGUAAAACACAAUUAGAAGACUUUAAAAGUCAAAUGUAUACAUUUAUCUGACUUGCAAAUAAUCUUGAUAAUAUGUAUUUAAUUUAAAGAUGGUUUGAAGAUGUCUUUAAAUAUAGAUACCACUGAUGAUAGACAAACAAUUGCUCAACUUCAAAUAACCUAAACAUGCAAUAUUUUGAUGAGAUUUUAUCUCAAAACUUGAUGACCAACUUCACUGGUUUUGCAGGUAUUAAAUACAUUGAUAAGUCCAGCUACUCUUUCACUGAAAAUAUGAGCGAUAACAAUCCUGACAGAAAGACAAUUAUACAGUGAGGAGAAUAAGUAUUUGAACACCCUGCUAUUUUGCAUGUUCUCCCACUCUCCCACAGACACAAUCAAAAAAAAUCCAGAAAUCACAUUGUAUGAUUUUUUAACUAUUUUUAUAACUAUCGAUCCCAGGGGAUUGCAAAUGCCUGUGUAAAAUGUUUAGGAUAAAAGCGUCUGCCAAAUGCCUAAAUGUAAAGGUAAAUGUAAAUGUAAACAUUUUUGGAGGAAGAAGAAUGAUGAGAACCAUCCCAAGAACACCAUCCCUACUGUGAAGCAUGGGGGGGUGGCAUCAUGCUUUGGGGGUGUUUUUCUGCACAUGGGACAGGGUGACUGCACUGUAUUAAGGAGAGGAUGACCGGGGCCAUGUAUUGCGAGAUUUUGGGGAACAAUCUCCUCAGUUAGAGCAUUGAAGAUGGGUCGAGGCUGGGUCUUCCAACAUGACAAUGACCCGAAGUACACAGCCAGGAUAACCAAGGAGUGGCUCUGUAAGAAGCAUAUCAAGGUUCUGGCGUGGCCUAGCCAGUCUCCAGACCUAAACCCAAUAGAGAAUCUCUGGAGGGAGCUCAAACUUCGUGUUUCUCAGCGACAGGCUAGAAACCUGACUGAUCUAGAGAAGAUCUGUGUGGAGGAGUGUGCCGAAAUCCCUCCUGCAGUGUGUGCAAACCUGGUGAAAAACUACAGGAAACGUUUGACCUCUGUAAUUGUAAACAAAGGCUA